GCUACAGCUACAGCAACGAGUACUCGCAGUAGUCGCAGUCACAACUCGUAUAAAACCGAUUAUCUCAUUAACGUUCUUUCAUUAGUGCCGAUCGGAUCGUAUCGCUGGUCUUUUGCAUUCGCAUUCGCAUUCGCAUUCGCAUUCGCAUCGUAGACUCCUCUGCUGAGUGCUUACUCUGAAAUUAAUCGCACACGCUCACGCUCGCGCGCAUACAAUACUCGUAGGCUAUUUUAUUAAUGUCGCGUACAAGUACAAGUACAAGUACAAGUGCCUGUGCCUACUUUUUAUUGCAACUCGUCGUCGUCGUCUCGGCGCACACGUAACGUAAAACGCCGCUGCAACAUUUUCGCGUUUACCUUCGAGUUUACCUUCGUCGCUCUUUUUUUUCCUCAUUAAUUUUCAUUAACCAUUCGCACAAACACAAACACAAACACAAACGCAAACGCAACCGUAAUCAUAUCGCUCGACCGUUUCAACAUUUUCUCAUCGACGAUCACCGACGCAACCGAGCCCACCUGUAGCUGUAUAGAUAUUCACUUUGCAUAUAUUGUUGCUGUUGACGCAAAGCGACGAGAUUCUUAGUUAGUACCUCUACCUAGUAUCCAACCAGCCACAGCCAGUCUUCCACGCAUCGCAUCAACAUUGGACAGUCAGUUUUGUCAAUUUUUUCGCCGUUUUGGGUACUUAGCUGGCUUUUAAUCGCAUUCGCAUUGUUUUGGUUAGUUCAUCAAUUCAUCAUCUUGCAGACAUUUGAUUUUUCCUCGCAGUCGCAGCAUCCACCUGCAUUACUCCUGUCUCCUACUCGCAUCGCAUCGCAUCGCAUCUAUUCGACUUCGUAUACGGUACCUACAUACAUAGUGUUCACUUUUACGUAGCUAGGUAAUUUAUCGUUUUCGCUGUCGUUGUCGCUGUCGCUGUCCUUCUCAGUUUCGGUGCUUUAUCUCUGUUGUUGUUAUCGAUUGAAAAUCGCGCGGAUUUACUCGUAUUGUACUCGUACGUCGCACGUCGUACGUAAAGCAGUGUUCAUAUACGUAGAGACCCAAAAGUACGCUUGCAGUAACUUACUUACGUUUGUCUAGACGAGUUUUUCACUUACUUGUACUGGAGUAUACUCGUACGUAAAUUGUAUAGGUACCUAUUCGACCUGUGCUCAGCCCGAAUCGGUGUUCUACUCGUAAGUACGAGUAGAUAUCCCUACUUGAGUGGUGCCAAGCUACCCUCGCAUUACAUGUUACACAUCACGUGAUAUUCGACGCACCAGUAUCAGUAUCAGUAUCAGUAUACGACGACCAGUCGGCCAAUAUGACAGUGGAAAGGCCUUUGACGUUCUCUACUGCAAAAAUCAUGGAAAAUGGAUACGAUAAUCCGGUGUCGAUUGAACAAACCGCCAAUGACACGCCAUCGCCACCCCCACCCCCACCUCCACCUGCGGCUCAUCCGUACUCGCAUUCUGUCCAUUUCGAAAAUACUCGAGUGCCGGCAGCUGCGCCUGCGGCUGCGGCAAAUGGAAGCAACAGCCAGAGCAGCGGCGGCGUAUACGUUAUACCCGUUGACACGCACACGACGCGAAGCAACUGCAAAAAUGGCGCGGGCGCCGCAAAAAAUGAAAAACACCAACUUGCCGGCCUUAACGGAAUCAACGGCGACCGGCAACACAAACUUAAUAAGAGUAGUUUAUCAGAAAAAGCCUACAUCGAUUACGAUCCGCACCAACAUAUACAACACAAAAAUCCUACAUCAUAUUUGGAUACGAUAUUUCACCUGCUGAGAGCGAGUCUGGGCACUGGAAUUUUGGCUAUGCCGAAUGCUUUUCAAAAUGCCGGUUACGCUGUCGGUCUAGUUGGAACUAUGAUUAUCGGAUUCAUGUGUACUUACAACAUCCAUACGCUGGUUUCGUCGGAAUACGAAUUAUGUAAGCGUAGAAAAAUUCCAUCGAUGACGUAUCCAGAAACCGUACAAGCUGCUUUUGAAGAAGGUCCUGCGAGACUUAGAUGUUUGGCGCGAUUUGCAAGUGUUGUUACGAAUUUACUUUUGGCCCUUUACCAAAUCGGCUCGAGUUCCAUUUACGCGCUAUUCAUCGCCAGUAAUUUACAAGAUGUAGGCCAAUCGUAUUUUGGCAGCGAGCUGAAUUUGCGGGUUGUUCUGUUGUAUUUACUCGUACCGUCCGUAAUCAUUUGUUGGGUUCGAAACCUUAAAUUGUUGGUGCCUUUUUCGACGAUCGGCAACGUGGCUACGAUUGUGAGUUUUGCGUUAAUCUUCCGAUACGUGUUCGAUGAGGUGCCAACUUUUGCGUAUCGAGAACCAGUUGGCACUAUGCGAGGUAUACCGUUAUUUUUCGGCACCGUUUUGUUUGCGAUGGAAGCUAUCGGCGUGGUAAUGCCUUUGAAAAAUCAAAUGAAAAAACCGAGGCAAUUUGGCAGUCUGUUCGGCGUAUUGAACGCCUCGAUGUUGCCGAUUUCCAUACUGUAUACAUUCAUGGGAUUUUUCGGAUAUUUAAAAUACGGCCCAGCAACCCAAGGCAGUAUUACCUUGAAUUUGCCUACUGAAGAACGAUUAGCCAAAGCGGUUAAACUUUUAUAUUCCGGCGCUAUAUUCAUCACGUACGCUUUAUCCAAUUACGUAAUCUGCGAUAUCGUAUGGACCAACGGUAUCAAAUCGAAAAUGAAUAAUCCGUCCGUAUGCUGCCGCAUACUGUUCGAGUAUGUCAUUCGAACGGGCGUUGUUUUUCUAACUUUUUUCCUGGCCGCAGCUGUGCCGAAUUUGGAAAUUUUCAUAUCAUUCGUGGGCGCCUUUUGUUUGUCGAGCAUCGGCGUCGCUUUUCCGGCCAUUGUAGAGAUAUUGACUUUUUGGAAUAAUCACGAAGACGCGUUCCAAUUCUCUAUCAUGAUAUUCAGAAAUAUCAUCAUCAUCGUGAUCGCAAUCUUAGCAUUUACCAUCGGUGUCAGCAGCAGCGUUGCGAAAUUCGUCCAGGAAGUGCUAUAGGCAUUUACGCGUACCUAUACCUAUAUCAAUACCUAUAUACCUACUCGUGCGCGUAUGUUGGUGCAGUUGGAUUUGUGAUUUGUGAUUUGUGAACCUGCAAUUGAAACACUCCAAGCUCUAGGCUCUAGUUUUACAGCUUCUACGUACCGUACGUAUGGUACGUACUCGUAUGUAUACCUACUUACUUGAAUUGUCAGCUCAGCUGCGAUAUACUGAUCGCGAUUUGCGAAUCACGUACUUGAUCGUUCAGCAUCGGCGCGGCGUUCUGUUCAAUGUUCAGUAAUCCGUAGGUAGUAGAUAUAGAUAAGCAGGUAUCUAUGUAUGUAUUAUCUGAACCUGCGACUACACAAUUGCAUCAAGUUACUAUUAGUAUGUUGUGCAGAGACAGGCGCAAUCUUAUUAAUUUAUCCUUUUACAUACGCGCGUUCCCGCGUACUGCAUUAUUGUGGAUACUCCACGGUACCAGCUGCGAAGCUACGAGUAUAGUGCGUAUUAUAACCAGAGUCUCGACUCUCGAGAAGAGUGCCCUGUGACGUGUAUACCUAAUAUGUACCUAUGCAAUUUUCAGUCGUGUCAUUUUUGCGCGCAUGGUUGCAAUUUUUUUCCACCUUCUGAUCAAAAGCCUCCUAUACGAGUAUACUUUCUUUCGAGAUACCUACCUACUUACCUACUUUUCCCAAAACGUCACAUCAAUUUUUCGAAACAAAAUUGUGCUAAGGCCUCGACGCGAUUAUUAAUUUUUACGAACCCAUCUUCGGAAACAAUUUGAACGUGCAAAAACAAAAACAAAAACAAAAAAAAAAUCAUCGAAAUUUCAACCAAUCGUACCUAUUUACGUAGAUGUUCAUUUUUUUCGUCGUUUGUGUACUAAAAAUCUCAAGCACACCGGCCGGAUUUCGAGAAAAGCAGGUUACAAUGGUAACAGAUACCUACCUAUGUAUGGGAAUUAAUGAGUUUCAAUUUUUAACAUAAGAUGAAGGAACACUCUUGUUAGGUAUUUGGCAUUGGCUCGCAUGCGCUGUAGUAAGGUUUUUUUUCUCCGUAUUAUGGUACCUAUUAGGUAUUAUCGAGAUACCUAAACUUAUUGUCGCCGCACCGUAAUAUAGCCAUGUCAUACCUUUUCUACUUUUCGACUACCUACCUCAUCUCGUUGAAUUAUUUUCAAGAAAUGAUUUCGAGUACUUACUUAUUUGUACUUACCUAUAACUUAACCAGGGGCGGAUGGGGCACUUUAAAGUUACCGGGAUUUGGCGCCGGUGCGACGCUAGUUUUUUGAGGGCGAUGAUUGGAGGGGGGGGGUAACAAAGGAAUAAAAUCAUGUGUACUUUUUUUUGAAUUUUUUUACCUUGAAUAUUUUAGCCAAUGUGGUCAUUUUGAGGGGGCUAUAAAAAUUACAAAUUAAUCAACUUUUAAGGGGGAAAAAAACGCAAAAAGUUGGUGAUUUUUUUAAAAAUGGAACAAUUUGACGAAGUUGAAAUUAGUACGUAUAUGUAGUUAUUAGAUUUGUUUACUGAAUUAAAUUAAAAUUUGUACUCUGAAUUUAGUCAACCUAAAACCUAAGCAUGUAUUCGUAAAAGGAUAAACAAAAUUUUGAAAAAUUUAGAGUUUUAUAACUAAAAAAUAAUGUACUUGCACCUACACAAAAUUGAGCCAAAUACCUAAGUUGAAUUAAAGAGGUAUGAAAGGGUGAAUAUUUUGCCCGAGCGGAGCGAGGGCGAAAAUUUUAGAAAAUUCAAACUUAAAAGGUGUGAAAAAAUGUUAUUUUUGUUGCUAAACGUGCAAAUUCUGGAGCAUGACAAACAAAUUGACCCAAGCUAAGCGAGGGCGAUGGCUUUUGAAAAUUUUUAUUUUGAGAUGCCUAAAAACGAGGUUUUUUAAAUGCAAGGAGUUCAUUUUUUGGUUUUUAAAUUUUAGAAUUAGAAAUGAUUUUUUUUUUUUAGGAAGUUACGUAAUUUUGAAAAAAAAAGAAAACAAGCUCGAGCGAGGGCGAAAGCUCUUGCAAAUUUGUACUUCGAGGAGAGGCAUAAAAACGAUGUUUUUUGAUGUGAGGAUAAAAAUUUAUUUUUCUGCUUUACAACUUGAUUUUUUUCCAGAAAUUUUCGUCUAUGAUUUCGAAAAAGAAAAUAAAACAAGCCCGAGCGAAGCGAGGGCGAAAGCUUUUGAAAAUUUGUGUUUCAAGAAGUAAAAAAUAAUGUUUUUCUUUCAUAUCAGAGCUACAAUUUCGGCGCUGCUGCGGCGCCGAAUUCGAGCCAAAAUUAGCGUAAAAAUUAGCGCCGAAAUCCAAUUUUUACCGGGAUUUUUCCCGGUUCCCCCUGUUGCCCAUCCGCCCCUGAACUUAACUAUAACUUUGUUUUUUUCGCCGUUGUGUAUCGUAUUAGAGGGACAUGCGACAUUUAGCGACAUUCGAGGAAGGGAGGGGAUAAAUUUUGUAAACAAUACCAUACAUAAUAUCUACGUGGAUUCCUGUUUUAUUCCCUGUUACCUCUUAAUACGAGUAUGUAUGUGUGUAUUGUACGUCUACGUAUGUACAUGUAUGUACUUUUAGCUACUCGUAUAUACUCGUAACUAUACGCAUAAAAUGUACCUACUCGUACCUACCUACAUUAUGGGUGAUAUCUACGACUUGUCUAGCACUACCAGACUAUACCUAUAGAGUAUAGGUAUAGUCUGUAUGUGUAAUCACCGGUGCAGAAGAAAUUUCCUACUAGUAUUAGGCAUUUUUAAUGUUAUUUUCAAUUUUCAUUUGUGAUAUGUCGUAAACUGUGAUAUAGAUCUAUAGGUAUAAUUGUUUUGUACGUAGAGUUUAAUCUACCUACCGGUUGUUACUUAUUAUUAUCUAUUAGGUAUUAUUAUCAUCAUCUACCAUCUAAUGGAUAAAGUAAAUUUAGCGAAUAUAAUGCAGGGUAAACAUAGGUAAGGUAUAUGUGAGGGCGCCUACCAAAACGCACCGUAUGGCCAAAAAAAAUAUUUUCGUACGGAGGGUUCCACCCGAUUUUUGAAAGGUCCCUACGAAAAUUGGGCGAAGAAAAAAAAUUGUUUGGCCAUAUAUGGUGCGUUUUCGUACGCACCCUCACAUACGUAUGCGACUAUACGUGUAGAAUACUCGUAGACACAUACUCGUAUAUCUACUUAAUACGUAGGUAAUGCAUAAGUGCCUAAUUGAUUCGCAGUAGGUACUAGGUAGGUACCUACAUUUCAGAUGUACACGUGCUCAGCCGAUUAAAUAUUCGGACUACCUAUCGAAAUAUACGAGUAUGUGUAGAUGAACUGCUAAUCGAUUUAUAGGCUCUCCGUAUUAUAGCAUUACACGGCCCGGGUAGAGACUGUGGCGAAUGGACCGCGAACCGCGACUUUUUUUUGUUGGAAAAUUGGAGGGAGGAUCCGAUAAGAAGUUACGAGGGGAUGAUCUCGAAAGACCGCAGGAAAAAUUGCGAAUCCUAACUCGCACCGUCAUUUUUCUACGGGGGUUUCAAAAUUUUAAAAUUCACUCGAGUGAUCGAUUAAGUAUCGCAAUUUUUUUUUUCAAAAACACUUUUUUUUAUUUUUAACGUAUUCGAGUUUUAAAAUUUGAAACCCCAGUAGAAAAAUGAUAGUUCAACUUGGGGAUCCAAAAUUUUUCCUACUCUCUUUCGAGAUCCCUUCGUAACGUCUUAUCAAAUCUCCCCUCCAGUUUUCCAAAAAAAAAAAAAAAGAAAAAAGUCAACCCACUCUAUGGUAGAGACCUAUGCGACCUAAACGUGCAUUUUAAAAUGUGCCAUAAUAUCAUUAUUAUUACUAAGUAAGUUAUUAUACAUUUUAUCGUUAUAAAAACCCGUGCCUAUAGUACCUACCUGAAAUGUAUACUGUCACUUAAUAUAAAUUUAUUACAUUUUGUCUACCAAAUCGCGCUCGAUUUCAUUUUUUCUACCAUUUUUUUCUACGUAAUAUUAUGUAAAUUUUCAACUUGAAAUAAUUUGAGGCCCUAACUACUGCAGUUACCUAUACAUACACAGGUACAGGUAUUAUUAACGUGUAGUGUAGAUGCGUACACCGUACAUAUAAUGUUAGAUUUCAUUUGUGCUUCUGCUUACCUUUGUACUUGGACCUAUUCAAAUCACUACCUGUACCCACACACGUUAUUUGUUGUUGAGUAAACGAAUGUACUUACCUA